CGUUCAUCCACCGCACUUGUCGCAGCUUCAGCGUCGACAACGACGACGACGCCGAGGACCGACGGCAUGCAGCACACUCACCACGACGCCCCUUCUGUGAACCCCCAGCUUCUUCGAGAUAUGAUGGACUGCGUGGAUACGUCCGAUUUCCCCAUGGAGAGGAAGCAGUCAUGGGUGACCCUUCGCUCGUUGGUUUCGGGCAACGACGCCAACUUGACCAACGAUGUCAACCGCGGGGCAAGCUUGGAGUCCAUGUUUCAAUUUGGUGGAUGCAAUGCAGGACCAUCGAACGCCCAAGCCAGUGGAGGUGCCAAGACCGAGGGCAAUCCCACCACGAAUUAUUCCAAAUUCAAUGCCAAGGACAGCGCCGCCAAGCUCAAACGGCUGUUGAGUUCGGGAAGCUUCUCCACCAUGGAGAAGAAAGCAAGCGUCAGUGCUCUAUUGGGACUGCUGGAAACGCAACAAGGCGGCGCUGCCAUCAGCCGCACGGACGUGAACGAACUCUUGCGCAACCUCGGAGCAGACUACUCGGAGGACGAACUCAAGCAACUGAGCGGUCAAAAUUUGUUUCGAUCGUUCAUUCACACGCCUGGUCCAACGAUGGACCGUAAAAAGAGCUUCGACGUGAUUCAGAGCAUUCUCAAUUCGUGUUCCAACACAGCGAUCCACAAGCCGAUGACGUCCCAGGACAGCUUCCGCUUUCAGACCCUCGCCAACUGCUUGGAUACCAUCGAGACGGCCGUUGCCAAGUACGAAGAAGACGCCAACGACGAGGACGAACAAGUUGUGGCUGUGGACGACAACUUGGACAAUUUGCUUGACGAUAACAUUGCCCAGUCGCCCGCAGCUUCGUCGACGAACACGGCUGCUGUUCGGAAAUCCGCAAAUGCUACAACCGAUCCAUUUGGCCGAAUCUCCGCUGCGCCGUCAAGUGCGCAGCCCAACGUCGCGGCAUACGGGUCAGCCGGACGAGCCCUCCAGCAACACGGAAGCAGCGGCCAAUACAAUUUCUUGAACGCUACCCAUCACAUGGACUCGACUUGCUUGCCUGCAAACGUGCAACAGCAGACACAGCAUCUUCGACGGGAUAUCGUGUCGUUCGAACAACAGCAGCAAGUGUUCCCGCACCACCAGCAACAGCAGCAGUCACAACAGCAAGGAUUACAUCACCAACAAGCAAGCCACAUGUAUGGCAAUCCAGACAUGGCCUAUGGCCGGAGCUCGCUGCCCCCACCAUCCCACAUGAUGGGUGCGGCGACUUCCCAUCCGAACCAGUACAUGUACAAUUACACCAACCACCACCAGCAGCACUUGCAAGAAUUGCAAAGUCACCAGCUCUUGCAACAGAGCCAUCCACACCCCCACCAGAUGCCCCAGCACCCCCCAUCCAACUAUACUUCCCAUGGAUUGUACCAGUCGUCGUCCCAACUGCCGUCUCCGCCGGUGGCGUACGGAUACGGCUACGCAGGCCAGCCCAGCGCUGUCCCGCCUACAGCCUCCCAAGCGUCCCGCGAUCUGUACCAGCAAGAGCAUACCAAUGGCAGUGCCGACAGCACGCAGUACGCCAAGUUUUGCACGUCUCUUGGUUGCAACAACAUUGCGCGAACCAAAGGCAUGUGCAAAGUUCAUGGUGGCGGCCGUCGUUGCAAAGUAGACGGCUGCAUGAAGAGCGCCCAAACCGGCCAUCUCUGCAUAGCCCAUGGCGGCGGCAAGCCGUGCCGCAUGGAGGGAUGCACCAAGACGGCGCAGUCUCGGGGGCUGUGCAAGCAACACGGCGGCGGCGUCCGUUGCAAAUUUGACGGGUGCACAAAGAGCUGCCAAAGCGGCGGGUAUUGUCGCGGCCACGGUGGUGGCAAGCGGUGCGAGUUUGCCCAGUGCAAGAAAUGGGCGCAGCGAAAUGGGUUUUGCGCCAAGCACGCGCAAGAAAUGACGACGUAAGCCACAUCCUGUUGGCGACAGGGACAUGAGUAGGUCCACGAGUACAAAAUUCCUCUCCCACCACCAAUUGAACUUCAAACAGAUUAUCAACGACGAUGUGCGGGCAUGCUUGGC